AUGGACGAUACGAUGGAGGCGUCUUUCAAAAGCACGGGUGCACUAUGGCUUCUACCUCUGAGUGAAUACUCGGGCUUCCCCGUGGAUCAGGUGAACUUUAUGGCAAGUCAGCUGUUUGCACUGGUAGCUGCCUUCUGGUUUCGUCUCUACCUCAGUCCUACCCACACCAACCCUCUUGUCAGACACGCCGUGGCUGCUCUCUUCGGCGCCGCCAUCCUCAUUUUCUGCUUCGGAUGGUAUGCCUCGCACAUGCUCAUGGUAGUAUUAGUGAGCUAUCUGAUCAUUAUUAAAAGUGACAUCGACAAUGUACACAGGUAUACAAUGGUGUGGGCCAUAGGCUACCUCACAGCCUGCCAAGUGAUUCGAGUCUAUAUUUUCAACUACGGAAUUCUGUCCACAGACUUUUCUGGGCCUCUGAUGGGGGUGACCCAAAAACUUACCUCUCUUGCUUUUCAACUCCAUGAUGGAAUGCAUAAGAAUCCUGACAAACUAAGGCCAGAACAGAAGCGACUGGCUGUAAAUCAAAGACCUUCUUUAAUGGAGUACCUGAGUUACAACCUUAACUUCAUGAGUGUGUUGGUGGGGCCAUGCAGUGACUAUAAAGACUACAUAGACUUCAUAGAGGGCCGCCACAUCAGCAGCAGGCUACAUUCACACACGUUUAAUGGAUAUAAGAAGCCAUUAGAGCCUUCACCAGUAAGAGCAGUGUGUGAGAAACUGCUGAUCUGCACUGGCUGUGUGCUAUUUUUCCUGAUUGUUACGCGGUCUUUACCAAUAAAAUACAACGUGGAUCCGGAGUUUUUGACGAACGCCACCUUCCCGACGAGGCUCAUAUAUGCGUUUUUCUCUGUGCAAGCUUCCCGGCCUAAAUUCUACUUUGCGUGGACCCUCGCCGAUGCGGUGAACAUUGCAGCAGGUUAUGGCUUUUCAAGGAUUGAUGAGAAUGGAAGGUCGUCUUGGGAUCUUCUCUGCAACGUCAACAUCCUGGGGAUUGAGACAGCAACAAGCUACAAGUCCUUUAUAGACAACUGGAAUAUUCGCACAGGGGCUUGGCUCAAAACGGUGUGCUACGAUCGAGCUCCACGAUACAGGCUUGCUUUGACUUUUAUCCUAUCUGCUCUUUGGCAUGGCCUCUAUCCAGGAUAUUAUUUCACCUUCCUCACCGCUAUCCCCAUUACGAUGGCUGCACGAGCUAUAAGAAAGUCUAUUCGACCCUUUUUCUUGGGAUCCAAAGUUGUAAAGUGUGGCUAUGACAUUGUGACUUGGGCUGCAACACAGUUAGCGAUUUGCUACACAGUCAUGCCAUUUUUGCUUCUCGCAGUUGAGCCUACUAUUAUUUACUACAGGUCUAUGUACUUCCAUGUGCACAUUCUCAGCAUUUUGACAACUGCAAUUCUGCAUCAGAAAAGCAAAGCGAGGGAGCCAUCUGCUCCCAAUAAAAGAUCUUUUUCUUCUGAUCGCUCACCGGCUCAGUGCAACAACAACGGAACUCACACAAACAAGUACUUUUAG